ACGGGAGGGCCCUUUGCUGCCACAGUAGGUUGUAGGAGUUUGGAACGAAGCGUCUGUGGUUGCAGGUUUCAGGUUACAAAAAAGGACCAUAAUGGCUGGUACAGCAAGACACGAUCGAGAAAUGUCUAUAAAUGCCAAAAAGCAACUCUCACAAUGCUCAGACCCUAUUGAGAAACUACGACUGCAGUGCUUAUCACGGGGAUCAUCUGGCAUCAAAGGACUUGGCAGGAUUUUCAAGAUAAUGGAUGAUGAUAACAACAGAACACUUGAUUUCAAAGAGUUCCUGAAAGGCUUAAACGAUUAUGGAGUGGUGAUAGAGAAGGAAGAUGCAAUGGAGCUUUUCAGACAGUUUGAUAGAGACGGAAACGGAAUGAUAGACUUUGAUGAAUUCCUCCUUACGUUAAGGCCUCCCAUGUCCAAUACAAGAAAAGAAGUCAUCAUGCAAGCUUUUCGAAAACUUGACAGGACAGGUGAUGGGGUGAUAACGAUUGAAGACCUGCGAGGAGUUUACAAUGCAAAGUAUCACCCCAAAUAUCAAAAUGGAGAGUGGACGGAGGAUCAGGUUUUCAGGACUUUCCUUGAUAACUUUGAUUCUCCUUAUGAUAAAGACGGAAAGGUUACUAAAGAGGAGUUCCUAAACUACUAUGCUGGAGUCAGCGCCUCGAUUGACACUGAUGUCUACUUUGUCAUCAUGAUGAAAAAUGCCUGGAAACUAAACUAAUAUGCAACAUGUGCAUUUUAGGGUAACUAACCUCCAUCCAGCCACCUGCAUUCAGGAAUAUAAACACUACAACACUAAUUGCAUGCUUGUGAGAUUCCUUCCUAAUUCACAGAGAUUCAACACAAAACCUUUCCAGUUGUUUUCUUCAUUGUUGGAAAGACGUAGAACUAGCAUACAAGUGUGUUACUAACCAACCGUAGAAUCUUUUUUCUAAAUUAUUCAUUAAUCCAGUAAUCAAUUGUCCUCAAUUAUAACACUGCUGAUAUUUGUAGGUUUUCUUCUGAAUUUAGGAGGCAGUAAUCCCAUUCAAGCUUAAAUAAGAUAUAUACAUAUAUUUUUUUGUGUGUUUUUACAAAAGUCUUUCUGAAGCCUAAAAUUAAGAAUGGGAUUAAGACACACACACUAUGGUUGAUGUGUAUUUCAUUUUUUGAAUUGUAAUUUCAUGGCAGUUACAUGGAGGCCCGCAGUUGACAUUGAAAACAUAUCAUAGGGAAAGCAACAACAGGUUACUGACAGGUAAUAGAUGACUUGCUUCAGAAUGUUUACUUAUAUAUAAAUGAGAACAUAUAUAUAGAGAAUGUAAAAAAAGCUUGCCUUCCCAGUAACCGGUCACUGCUUUCCUCUGACUCACAUGCUAUCAACGUUGGCUGCAUUCUUGUGUGUGGCCCAGCCUUGAAGUAGAGGUGUAGUGUUGAAAUAGCAAUACAUUUCUCCACUAAAAAUCAAAUACACGUUUACAAGUGAUGGCAAUACAUAUUAGGUACUGUUUACUGGAAUUAUCUUGCUAUAUCUGUGCCUUUGAAAGGAUUACUGUGUCUCUACACUAACAAUCUAUACACGUAUUGCAGUUCAAUUCUUGGUUUUAUGUGAAUAUCAGCAACAAAAAUCCACAAAUGAAAACAAAAACUUCCCCCUUUCAGUGGUGGAGUGAAGUUCUACACAUAUGUACAGGUUUUUAAAUGGGUCUCACAUAAAACCAAGGCAUCCUAAAGUGAAGUUUUCCAAUUUAGGGACAGGCCUUCUAAAUUGAACCAAUCAUAAAACAACAAUAAGAAAUUAUCGCCGCCCUACUUGUGCUUGAUUCAGUUUCAUCCCAAGUUUAUGUAUUAUGUAUUCAUUCUCUCAGUGUACCUGGAUGAUAACUCACAGACCAACCUCAUUGUUAGUGAGGUCCCGGCAAAAUACAGCAGAAUAUAUGACUGUAACUUUCAAUAUUUUUAGGUUACUAAAACUUAAAAGCUGAAUAAGUACUAGCUUCAUUUUUAUUCCAGAGUAAAACACUGCUUUACUAUUUGUUUUGGAUUUUGACAGUGCCAAUGACAGCCUAAAAAGAGAUAUUAACUUAUAAAUCAAGAGAUAUUUUGUUGCUCAUUGAGCUGUACAGCAUAUGGCUCAAGAGCCGUCAGACAGCCCAGGAUUAAGUAGCAUUUGUAUGAUAAAAUUAUUCAAGACUGUUUUUAAAUACAGGUUUCGUAAUAAUGAAAAUAAAACCCUUAUUAUAUGUCUACAUGUAUUGUAUUCAGUGCACAUGCAAUAGUGAACACAUAUUUCAAUUUGCUUUGACGUGGAGUGCUGUCAUGCUGAUAUUGAAGUAAACUCUGGAAUGUUGUAUCCAUUUGCAUUGUCUUCACAUGCAAAUUAUAAUAACUGCUUUUUUCCCCCUAUUUUUUAUCCUGGUGCAGGUUACCAAAGACGAAUUUCUAAAUUAUUACUCUGGAGUCAGUGCCUCUAUUGACAACGAUGUCUAUUUUAUUGUGAUGAUGAAGAAUGCAU